ACGACACAAACCCAGCGUCAGUCUCCCGGAUCUGCCCCCCCUCCGUCGACGCAGCGCAGCCGAAAGAGAGCGCCGGUGCCGCGGCGACACCACCCCCGCCGCCAGUGAUGGAGAGCCUGCUUGAUAACCCCAUGAAAGCCGUGCUGUACCUCAAGGAGCUCACCACCAUCGUGCAGAACCAGCAGAGCCUCAUCCAGACGCAGCGGCAGCGCAUCGACGAGCUGGAGCGCAAGGUGGAGGACCUGAUCGGCGAGAACCGACAGCUGCGGGACCCCCAUCAGUACGUGCAGCAUCAGCACCACCACCACCCGCCGCCCCAGCCCCAGCCACAGCCCCAGCCGCCGGCUCCCCAGGCGCACGCCCACACUCAUCAGCACCACAACAAGGCAACGAGCGGCCAGCAUCAGCGUCAGCAUCACCACCAUCAUCAUCAUCAGCAGCAGCAUCAGCAGCAGCGGCGUUCAUCCUCCCCUCCUCCUCCUCCGACUCCAGCCGCUACACCCGCGCCGGCACCGCACCACCACCCGCAACAUCUGCAGCUGGUGCCCGCCACCUCGCCGGAGUCCUCCCAAGCCGGGCAGGCCAGCCCUGAGAUUUCCGAGGAGGGCAAGAGGAGCCCCUGCUGCAAGUCGCUGGUCCCGCAGACCCCCACCGCCACGCUGUGCCGCUCGGUGGGACUGGCCAGGAAGGCUGACAAUCAAACGGUGCUCCAUCAGUUCUGCUGCCCAGCCCCGGAGGCCCCCGAGGGGGAGACGUCGUCCGCCUGUGUCCCCAGCGAUGACCUUUUUCUGGACCAGUCAGUGGGGGAGGAAGGGAAGGGAGGAGAGGGCGAGCUGCAGAGUGAGGCCCCGUCACAACCGCAGCCCCAACAAGAGACGCCACUGCCGCCGCAGCCCGAGUACGAGCCCCCCCAGGCGCAACCGCAGCCCGCGCCUGAAACAGAACCAGAAUCUGAACCCCGGACAGAAGCCGAGCCCGAACCUCAAGUUGAUGACCUGGGCGAGGAGGACGUGCAGGAAGCUGUGGAGGACGAAGGGACGGAUGAGGAGGAAGCAAAGGGAAGACAGGAUGUAGAGAAUGCUCAGGAAGCGGCCAAAGUUGAAGAAAUAGAACAAGAAGAAGCACAGGAGAAGGAGGAGGAGGAGGAGGAGGAGGAGGAGGAGGAAGAAGGUGAAGGAGCAAAAGGAACCAGCACGGCGAGGAGAGCCAGCCUCCACCACACGGCGUCACCCCUGAGGGUGCAACGCAACGGGGCCUGCUCGCACUCGACCACCUCCGACUAUGAGCUCUCGCUUGACCUCAAAAACAAGCAGAUCGAAAUGUUAGAGCACAAAUACGGCGGCCACCUCAUUUCCCGCCGCGCCGCCUGCAAGAUCCAGACCGCAUUCCGCCAGUACCAGCUCAGCAAGAACUUUGAGAAGAUCCGCAACUCCCUGCUGGAGAGUCGCCUGCCGCGCCGCAUCUCCCUGCGCAAAGUGCGCAUGCAGAACACCGAGGGCUUCUCAGCUGAACGGGCCCUGGCAGAAGGCUGCAACUUGGCAGGUAUACCUCUGGUGAGGUCACCAUCGCUGCCCGCCACAGUGGGCGGCAGCCUGACCGACCUGGAGGACUCCUUCACCGAGCAAGUCCAGUCCCUGGCAAAGUCCAUAGAUGAUGCGCUCAGCAACUGGAGCCUGAAGACCAUGUGCUCGCUGCAAGAAGGCGGUGCGUUUCAGUUCAAUGCAGCAGCAGCUGGAGGAGAGGGAGGUGGCGUCGGAGAGUCGGCAAUUCAUCAAGCCCCGUUGGACCCCAGCGACCUGUCCAAAAGCGCCAGCAAGCUCAUGAUGGCCUUCCGGGACGUGACGGUCCAGAUCGACAGUCAGAACUUCCGUGUUUCGUCUUCCGUCAUGGAGUCAGUCACGCUAGGCAGCUGCAGCCAGCAAGAGGAAGUCGCGUCCAUAGCAAUGAACGCCGCUCCUCAGUCCAUCCCGCCUGAAAAAACACCUGCUCCCCCAUCAGCUGAGCCAUUAGAUCCCCCUCCACCCCCUCAAGAACACCCACCUCCCCCAGAAAUAGACUUAUAUGAUCAGGACAUGGAGUUCCCCGCUCCCCCGCCCAGUGAGGAAGAGCUCAGCGGGGAGGACCUGCCACCCUUGACCCCCCUGGACAAAAUGGCUCCCCAGCUGGAAACAGUGGCGGUGGGGCCGCCUCCGCCGGAGCCCCCUAAGCCUACCCCGCCUGUGUCCGAGCCGCUGGAGGUCAAACGGAGCUGCUCAGAGACUGCCGACAACAGCUCGGAACAGAUGAGCAGCAGCAGUGCAUCCACAGAGGCCCGAUCCACGUCGGAGGCGUCUUCCAAGGAGGCGCUUCAGGCCAUGAUCCUCAGCUUGCCGCGCUACCAUUGCGAGAACCCCGCCAGCUGCAAAUCACCCACUCUGUCCACCGACGUCAUGCGGAAACGCCUCUACCGCAUCGGCCUGAACCUAUUCAAUGUGAAUCCUGACAAGGGCCUCCAGUUCCUGAUCUCGCGAGGCUUCAUCCCGGACACGCCCAUCGGCGUGGCCCACUUCCUGCUGCAGAGGAAGGGGCUGAGUCGGCAGAUGAUCGGCGAGUUCCUCGGCAACAGCAAGAAGCCCUUCAACAGGGACGUCCUCGACUGCGUGGUGGACGAGAUGGAUUUCUCGGGCAUGGAGCUGGACGACGCGCUGAGGAAAUUCCAGGCCCACAUUCGUGUCCAGGGAGAGGCCCAGAAGGUGGAACGUCUCAUCGAGGCUUUCAGCCAGCGCUACUGCAUGUGCAACCCGGACGUGGUGCAGCAGUUCCACAACCCGGACACCAUCUUCAUCCUGGCGUUCGCCAUCAUCCUGCUCAACACCGACAUGUACAGUCCCAACAUCAAGCCCGACCGCAAGAUGCUGCUGGAGGACUUCAUACGCAACCUCCGAGGCGUUGACGACGGGGCGGACAUCCCCCGUGACAUGGUGGUGGGCAUCUACGAGAGAAUACAGAUGAGGGAACUGCGUUCCAACGAGGACCACGUCACCUACGUCUCCAAGGUGGAGCAGUCCAUCGUGGGCAUGAAAACGGUGCUGUCGGUGCCUCACAGACGACUGGUGUGCUGUAGUCGCCUCUUCGAGGUGACGGACGUCAACAAGGCCCAGAAGCAGGCGGCGCACCAGCGGGAAGUGUUCCUUUUCAACGAUCUCAUUGUGAUACUGAAGCUUUGUCCAAAGAAGAAGAGUUCGGCGGCUUACACGUUCUGCAAAGCCCUGGGCCUGCUCGGCAUGCAGUUCCACUUGUUUGAGAACGAAUACUACCCUCACGGCAUUACCAUCCUGUCGCCGUUCGGCUCCGACAAGAAGCAGGUGCUCAACUUCUGCGCCCAAAGCGCCGAGGAGCUGCUCAAGUUCGUGGAAGACCUGAAGGAGUCCAUCGCUGAGGUGUCGGAGAUGGAGCAGAUACGUAUCGAGUGGGAGCUGGAGAAGCAGCAGGGCGCCAAGACGCACCCGAUCAACAACGGCACGCAAGUGGAGCUGCGGGGAAAACUCGGCGGCACGUCAGGAAACCAGGAGGUGGAGGACAGAAGUGGACACAAUGCCGUCGAGGUGUCAAUUCACAACAGGCUUCAGACGUACCAGCUCAGCAGCAGUCCCGAGAGCGCGGGCCUUCCUAACCACGGGAGGGAGCUGCUCUUCCACCCGGGGGUUGCGGCCUCGCCGCCUCAACACCCGAGCACCCCGGCCCGCCGGCCACACCCCCAGUCCGCCGCCAGCGUGGCCGACCUGCGGCCCGAGGCGCUCAUCCAGUGUCAGCAGAUCGUCAAGGUCAUCAUGCUGGACAACGGCGGCCACGCCCGCAUGGAGGCCUUCCUCAGCCACGCGCCCGCCCACCCCCACCCGCACCCUUACCCCCACUACCACCCGCAUCACUACUACCAGCAUUACCAACUGAGCCAGUCGGCCACGUCCACGCCGCUGCGCUCGCCCGACGCCUCGCAAUGCAGCGGCGGAGACGGCCACCAACCCCCUCUGCCCCCGCCGCCGCCGCCGUACAACCACCCGCACCAGUACAUCCCCCCAGAUCCCCGCCUCAGUCUACAUCGGACCCCUAGUGGUUCUCGGAGCAUGGUGUAAAUAUAAUCCAUUUAAUUAACCCCACUUCCUCUAUUUAAAAGUACGCAAUGUACAUACAGAUGAAAGAUAUCAUCAGAUGAAUUUAAAAAAAAAAAAGUAAUUAUAUUGAGGUAAAUAUGUUGAGAUUUGACAAAGAAGAACCAAGCAAUGUCAUGCAUAGAUAGCAUUUGACUUGCUUUUCAAAAGCAAUUUAACACCAUCAAAGGACUUUUUGCCGGUUUUAACUCAAGCUAAAAUUGUGGAUGGACAAAGAGUGGAAAUAUUCUCCCUCACCUCGUGCCAAAAAAUAAGUGACAUUAGUAAUGCGGAAAAGAAGGACUUCCAAACACAAUUCACGAUGAAUGGAUGGAACCUUUGCUCCCACGCUGGUGUUUUUUUUUUUUUUUGUCUUCUUCUCCAGGAAGUGGACUGCUUAUAUUCAACACAGACUUUAAAACAGAGACGCACUGUGGCCGCCAUGUUUCGCUUCGGGACAAAGACGCUUCUUCGCUUUUUCAGGGAAUCUCGAAUUUCCUCGUUUAUUUUUUUAAGCCUUUGUGCGCGUUUGCCACCCACUUUCCGUGUGUUUUCUCUUCUCGUAUCUCCUGCUUAUCUUUAUAGCCUUACAUUUAUCCCCCAAAAGCAAGAAAAACAAUGAAUAAACAACAGCUUGUAGAGCCAGCAAAUGCUGAUAAUAAUAACUGGAGGCAUUAUCUGAUCUACGUAUUUUCCUCAAACGUGGAUUGUAAAUAUCACAUCCUAAAGAUGUCGGAAAGGAUAAGCAGCCUCUUGAUAAUCACAUGACCUUCAUUCUGAAAUGGGUCACCCGAUGUCCCGGUCCUCAUCUUUUAUGCAUUCAAAAAAAACAAACAAAAAAAAAAAAAUGCCCCAAGUGAGCUUUGGCUUCCAGACCCGACCAGCCAGCUGAGAGCCACUGGUCAGAUUUGAUAAUAAUGUAAAUGUGUCUUCAAAUGAAAAAUUAGCAAGUCACGCUUAAUGUAUCUUGAUUAUUUCUGAAAUAAUGCAGCUAUUAAUGGGUUUUCAAGACAUUUUAACAUGACAACACGUGAAAGAAUACGUUUUAAAAAAAAAGAAAACCCCGAAAAAUAGCUUCUGUUUUUUUAUACUUAUCGCCCCCAUAAACAUACAGGUAUGAAGUCUUUUUUUUUUUUUUUUAAUUGUUAGUUAUCCUCACAGUAAGUUUUGGUGCAUGAUUGAAUUAAAAUUGAGCACACGAAUGGGAUCAGAAGGGGCACAUUUUUGUCAUAUAAAGAAAAAAAAAAAAUACACGAUAUAUGAAAUUAAAUCCAGUGGAGCUGGACAGUGUAAUAAGCAAAGUUAGUCUCUUUAUUCCUCCUCCUUCACCGUUUCAUUUUCUUGGGAGAUGCUUUAUACGUGUGUGCGUGUCGGGGACGUUACCAUGGCAACCAAUGUAGCAUUUAGGGAGUCCCGCGAGUGGCUGACUUUCACCUACGACAGGACACUGACCAAAGGGCUCUCCCAUAUAUACAAGUGCACUGCUUCAUGAAUGACAUGAUGACAACCUAUUACGGAAUUUACAUUUAGUUUAAAAAAAAAAAGAAAAAAUACAAGUUCAAAGAUAAGGGAGUGUGAGAGAAAUGAGCUAUCACUUCCCGCGGUUGAUUUCCUCUCUGUCUUUGCAGUAUAUCAACAUGCUAUUAAAUAUCAUUCA